CUUGCGAUCAAGCCCUGGAGUUUUAUCGGGCAACAUGCCCUCUGCUUAUCUUGUCUUGCUCGUCCGAUAAAUAUUUUACACAUUUGCUUGGUGGACGUGGAGAUUUAUGUCUGUUCACAAAAAACAAUUUUGUUCAUGAGAGGUGUUGGGGGUACCUUUCACAGGAGAGAUAGGACAUUUGCUGGAGGGGUUUGAGUCCCUGUCACAAUCUCUGCCGGUUGUGGAGUGUGUUGUGGGAUUAUUCUCACCUGGAACAACAUUAAGACCACCAAGAAAAGCUAGAAAACUUGACAGCCAUGUCUAACUUCCUCAAUCUCUUCAAUCAACUACACGAUUGUAAAUUCAAUUUCAGCGAUACCACAAACGAAUGUACCGACAAAGUCAACUACAGACAUUUUUAUCUCUUCAAUUUGAUACCAGCAAUGGUCAUAACCCUUCUGUUUGGGCUCACGAAGAAAAGGAGAAGUGUUUUACCCGCGAUUCUGAAUGGCCGACCUGGUGUUGUGUACGCUAUGAACUCCCUGACACGUCACUCUAAAAUGUCCUACGCAUGCGCAUUUGGGGCUGCUGCACACGUGGUGCAUGUGAUUGUCAUCAACGGCGACAGCAUCAUCGAAUACAACGGGCACAGAGCUGGCAAAGCGUUUAUUAAUAUAAUUGCCACGUUCCUAUACGGAAUGACCUUUCUGCCAGUCUUUGUCAGUCUCACCAUGGGAUCCAUCUUCGGGUACGGGGUGGGAUCCUUGUAUGUGUGGAUGCUGACUGCCAUCGAAAUCUUUCGACUUGCGCAGUGCGAGACUAACUUUGAAGGCAGAGUGCUUCUGGUUUUCCGCAACUUACCUCCCCUUCUGUGCCUGCUGUACCUGAGCAUCUCCCUCCCACUCCGCUUUGUGCGUUUUGUCCGCAAUCACCGCCCUUGGUUUGAGUGGACCAAUGAGCCAUCUGAGGUCUUGGAAAACCUGGACGAAAUUCGGAAAUCGUAUGACGGAAGUUAUGUCGGAGGAAUCUUGUCUAAACCAGUGUCCAAAACAGUGAGAGUCCCAGAGGGAAGAAAGGAAAUGAUAAAAGCAAACUUCAUACGGCUGAUUAAGAAAUAUAUUUACAAGAGAAAGAGAGGUUAUCAAUACCCGUCAAGGCUCUUGUCUGUUCUACUGGUAACUUCUGUGGUGAUUUAUACUAUUGCCUACCAAGUGAUGGCACUAUUGGUACAGCUGCUAAGGAAAACAGAAGAAUGCAUCCCGAUAGCAUUCUACUUUUGGGAGGACAUUAUCAAUCCAUUUCUGAAAACAAUCGAAGUUUUUCGUGUGAGUGUGAUAUUGGCCACAACGACAGCUUUGGUGUUGUUCAUCUUCUCUGCCUGCGGCCUGCUGACCAGCUACAGAACCCAUGCUCUUGAAAUGUACAAAGGAAACUCUGUCAAGAUUCAUCUGAGUGUAGAAAGUAGCCCCGUCAAAGACUGUGUGAACUAUAUCAAGUACGGGGGAUUCCAAGCCGCUUACAUGAUAUGGGCUUUUAUGAUCCAGUGGCUUGUUUUCUUCUUGGUUUUCUUUUUGGUGGGAAUCUUAAUAAAGUUCUUCGAUGUAAACCUCAUCAAAGAAUUUGUUAACUGGACCUGGCCCUACUUGCUGACAUUUGUUGUUAUCAACAUAACAAUAUGGCUGCUGUCGGCGUUCUUCUUCCUGCAAGACAGAGGAGAGCAUCUUGCCCUCGACAAUAGAGGGUGGUUCUUCAAUUGCGUGUAUUUUUUCACCUUCUACUUCUUGUUCCUUGGUUUGUUCUCCUGCGUUUUGCGCAUGCUCACCUCCAUGGUGCUAGGACUUGUUUACCUGGGUCGCCUGGACAAGACUAUACUAGUGAAGAACUUCGAGGUCCUCGACAUAGGAUUCAACACCUAUGUGGGCUUCAUGAAGACGGACUGUGCCCACACACAUCCAGUGGCCAUCGUGUUCACGAGACUGAUGCUGCUCGCCGCUAGGAGGCCGGAGGCAGAGCCAUCCAACGAUAAUUAUGAGGAGAUACGUGAAGCUGGGGGAGUCCUACGUCAUGGACCCGAUGAUUAAAUUACAGAUGAAUCGUCGUAGCCUGGCUCGCCGCCGGUGGCACCUACUGUACACCCUACAUCGCAACCCGAGUCUCCGCAGUCUUCGGAAAGGUCACGUGGAUACGGGGUCACAGUCACAAGAGUAAUAACCACGUAAACACGACCCCGCUGUCAGUAUUGUCGUCUGCUCUCGUUCACGUCAUGGUAAAAAGAAGUUAAAAUGUGAAAAGUACAUUUACUACAUCCGGUAGAGAAGAAAUGGCGUCCCCUCUGAUGCGGGGCUUCCAGUUGUUGUUGUCGUCAUCGUCACACUUGUUGUCAUUUUUAACCAAAUACUUUCAAUAGAAAAGUUUGCAUGAUAAAAAUUUUUGUGGUGUGGAGGAACUGAGGUGAAACAAAAGUAUUGGCAAAGAAUCGAUGUUACUUUAAUUGAAAGUUUACACAGUGCACACCGUUUGCUAAUGGAGAACGAUUCACUGAUUAGUAUGCUCUCUGUCACCUCUCGUUUUGCCAGGUGAUAAACUGCCAUCUGAUCCUGUGUCACUAGGUGUGUUCGUCAGUCUGUCUGGGAUGUCAUCGUCAAAUAACUCUUUGUACCUGUCUUGUUCUCGAUGAUUCGUUGUCGUGGCAAUGUUUGUAUUUUAAUAAAUCGCUUCUUGUUGUUCUUUG